AUGGACAACGCCUCUCUUCUGGUUAAGUACUGUAAUGAGACGAAUAACUCGCGCCUCGGAAGUCUGACGGAAUCGGUGGAGCUGCUGGAGUGGUUCGAGGCGAACAUGUUUCCUCAACUAAUUUGCACCCUCGCAACAGCGGGAAUCGUCGGAAAUUGUCUGACGUUGCUGACCAUACAGAGCAAGGUUUAUCGAUGUCUUCAACCGUUUACAAAACUAACCCGCGUCAGUACCGUAGUAUCUAUUCUAUUGGACUUGACGAACUUUGCCUCCGGCUUUCUGGUCGGCUGCUUAUGGGACACGAGCACCAGCUGCUCCUUGCUGGCAGUUUACGCCGUACUGCGAGGCGCCCUCAACUACUUCCUUUUGGUAAGCGAUUUUCUGUACCUCAUUCUUACCAUAGACAGAUACAUCGCCAUUUGUCACCCGAUCUACUGGCAUACGACUGCGACUGAAGCCAAACAGAAGAUCGUGUCGAAAUCGAUCGUGUUCGUGUUUCUGAUCAGCCUGGUACGUUUCCAUAACGGCAUUGACUUCUAUUGCAUGUUCCGAAGCAGACCGAGGGCUUUAAACGAUCCCUGGAUUAGAAUACUGAGGACAUUGGCGGACAUUGCGUUUCCAACAAUUUUCGUUGGUCCGUUGAUCUACAUGAACAUUCAGAUCUUUCGCUCCAUUCGUCGCCAGAGGCAGCUGAAAAUGGAAAAAUGUACCUCUACGAAUUACUCAUCUGUGAAUCGGGAAAUGUCCAAUAGCAGGCAAGCCUAUUCGCUGGCGUCCGUUAACCCCGGCGAAUUGAGAAUUCAAGCAAACAAGGAAAGGAAGGCGACUGUCGGCAUUAUCAUGAUCAACCUGGUGUUAUUCCUGUUCAGUUUGAUCAGCUUCUACAGUUGUACUAUACAGUCCGUUCACCGCCAUAAUUACGAGGACCAGUCUCAUGAGUGCAGCGAGCAGAUCUUCGAGUUGAACAAGAAAAAACUGCUGCUCAUUCACUUCAUAUCCAUCCAGCUGCUGAAGACCUGCUCUGGGUCCGUCAUGUUCUACGUCUAUAUCAUCUUCAACCGCACGUUCAGACGCGAGUUCAGCAGAACAGUAUUCGCCUUGUACCGAUUAACCGUGCCUGCCAGGUCGCAGUCGACCGUUUGUCCAAUGUCGACCAUUUCGAUGAGUUUAGACAAAAGCCGAACAAUGCGACAGAAGUUUUAA